AUGUCCGAGGCAACCCUCAAGCCCGAGAAGGACUUCUCUAAGGAGGUUGACCAGCAGCUCCCAGAGGCUGAAAGCCUGGCCAAGACCAACCUCCAGGGCGCAAUCGAGAAGCUUGCCGCUCUUGAGAAGCAAACCCGCCAAGCCUCGGAUCUCGCCUCAACAUCCCGAAUCCUCGUGGCAAUCGUCACAUUAUGCAAAAAUGCCGGCGACUGGAGCUUAAUGAACGACCAAACGCUGGUCCUGUCGAAGAAGCACAGCCAGCUCAAGCAGGCCAUCACCAAGAUGGUCCAGACCGUUGUCGGAUUCCUCGACGAUACUCCCGACCUAAAGACGAAGCUCUCUGUCAUUGAGACGCUGCGAACAGUCACUGAAGGCAAAAUCUUUGUCGAAGUCGAGCGCGCUCGUGUCACCAAGAUCCUCUCCGACAUCAAGAAGCAGCAGGGCGACGUCAAGGCAGCCACAGAGAUCCUGUGUGAGCUUCAGGUGGAAACUUUUGGCUCCAUGGACCGACGAGAGAAGACAGAGUUCAUCCUAGCCCAAGUUGCGCUCUGCAUUGAGAGUGGUGACUGGACACAGGCGGCCAUUCUGGGCCGAAAGAUUAGCACAAGAUACCUGGCGCGGAAGCCCAAGAAGACGGCCGAGCAGCUGGAAAAGGAACAGAAGGAGCGUGAGAAGAAGAAGGCCCGCGGCGAGGAAGUCCCAGAGGAAAAAGAGGAUGAUACAACGGAUCUAAAGCUGGCCUACUAUGAGCAGCAGAUUACACUGGCGAAGCAUGAAGACAAAUACCUGGACGCAUGCAAGAACUACCGCCAGGUUCUUGAUACUGAGGCUGUCGAAGAAGACGCCGCCAAACUUCGCCCUGUUCUCCAACGCAUCAUCUACUUUGUAAUCCUUGCUCCCUACGACAACGAACAACACGACCUCCUUCAGCGCAUACACAGAGACUCCCGAAACUCUCAAGUUUCUGAGGAUGCUGAGCUUCUCCGGCUCUUUACAGUCCACGAGCUGAUGCGGUGGCCCGAAAUCGCCAAGAGAUUCGGCCCGCAUCUGUGCGGCACCGACGUCUUUGACGCUCAGCCCGGACAGUCUGCAGAUGAAAAGGCCAACCAGCGGUGGGAGGACUUGCGCAAGCGUGUUAUCGAGCACAACGUUCGGGUCAUUGCAAAGUACUACACUCGCAUCCAGAUGAGCCGCCUUACCGAGCUCCUUGACCUUGCGGAGGAUGAGACGGAAAAGUACAUUAGCGAAUUGGUCACCUCCAAGACUGUGUAUGCCAAGAUUGACCGGCCGGCACGAAUCGUCAGCUUCGCCAAGCCUAGAGACGCAGACGAUGUCCUGAACGAGUGGAGCCACAACAUGAAGAGCUUGCUGGGGCUCCUGGAGAGGAUCGACCACCUCAUUACCAAGGAGGAGAUGAUGGCACGCAUCCAGCCAACGGGAUCUAAAUAG